ACAUGAGAAAUGCAUCUCUGUAAUUUCAACCAUAAUUCUCAGCUGCACAAUUUAAAUAAUACCAAUUAAAAUAUUAAUUUUAUUGGCGGAGGAGUAAUCGAAACGUAAAUAAAUAUAUUAACAUCUCUAUGCAACUUACGUAACUCUUAACCAAGCCAUCUUAAUUAAUGUCAAUUAUGAACUUCAAAGACAAAGUGGUGCUCAUCACAGGAGCAAGUUCCGGUAUUGGCGCUGCUACUGCAGUAAAAUUCGCUGAAUUGGGAGCUUUGCUGGCAAUAAACGGACGUAAUGUCGAGAGCUUGGAGGCCGUGGCAAAGCAAUGUGCUGCUGUUGGUAAGGAACCGCAUCUAGUAGUAGGCGACAUAUCCAAGGAAUCUGAUACCGAAUUUGUCUGGCAAGAAACUUUUAAGAAAUACAACAAACUGGAUGUUUUGGUUAACAAUGCUGGCAUCAUUGAGAUAGGCACUAUUGAAAAUACCAGCUUGGCACAGUACGAUCGUGUGAUGAAUACCAAUUUACGAGCAAUGUAUCACCUGACAAUGUUAGCUGUACCGGAACUGGUAAAAUCGAAGGGCAAUAUCGUAAAUGUUUCAAGUGUAAAUGGUAUACGUUCAUUCCCUGGUGUGCUAGCCUACAACAUUUCUAAAAUGGGUGUAGAUCAGUUUACACGGUGUGUUGCCCUCGAACUAGCUGCGAAAGGUGUUCGUGCAAACUGUGUUAAUCCUGGUGUCAUAGUAACGAAUAUACACAAACGUGGCGGUAUGGAUGAGGAAAUGUACAAAAAGUUCUUAGAACAUUCAAAAACCACCCACGCUCUGGGGCGUACUGGCACAGUAGAUGAAGUGGCUAAUGCUAUCACAUUUUUAGCCAGUGACUUAGCCACUUUUACAACUGGCGUCAGUUUGGCUGUGGAUGGGGGUCGUCACGCUAUGUGCCCACGAUGAUGUGUACUCGGAAAUAUUUUAUACUGCAUUUAUAUUUGAAAAUUUGUUAUAAUAUUUUAUAGUUAUUGUUUGAUGUUAGAAUAAACGGUGCACGAAUUUGAAAUUAA